AGGAAUGCAUGGUCAGGAGGGCCGCCUGCCCCCCAAUUGCACUGCACUGACUGACUGCUGCAUCUGCAUUAUUAUUUUCUGCCCUCCCAGACGCCCAGACAAGCACACACACACACCACACACACACCCACACACGCGCGCACACACAUAGAUACGACGCAAUUAGGCGAGACAGAGAGUGAGUGUAGGGAAGUGGAUAGAUGAGUUGGCAUGCAUAUAGUAUACAGACGAGAAAUGACGGAUAAAUGAUGUAUGUGACACGAUGGAUGGAUGGCAGGGCACGUGUCGGUCGGUGUUGGGCGUUGGCGUUGGCGGUGAUAAUGGUGGUGUUGUUGUUGGUGAUGUGGGCGUGGCAUAUAACCCAACAAUGGGGAAGAAUAAGAAUAAGAAUACACGCAUGGCACGGUCGCGUGCACAUGGUCAUCCGUGUGUGUGGCCUGGCAGCGAGCGGCCCCCUGUGGCGAUGCCACGGCGAAUGUGGGCCUCAUCGACGGCAGAAAGCCGACGAGGACUCCAUUCGCCGUUGCAUGGGAACAGGGGGCCGCUCGCUGCGCGCCAGGCCAUAUGAGAAACGUACACGUCGUAUCCAUCAAUCAAUGGCAAAAAUCACUCAUUGACGAUGAUAGGUAGGUAGAUAGACGACAGCAUCUCCUCCUCCUCCUGUGCAAGUAUGUCUGCAGUGCUGGUUGGACGGAUGGAUGGACAAUAAGGUGAGUGAUACACAUAGCGAGUGUAGGUAUGCAUGUAGCCGACAAAUGAAGAAAUGAUUCAUGACGAUAUGUAUGGUGUGCUGGCUAUCUUCACACACAUACACACACAUACACAACACAGGCGCAUGAUCAUGAACCCACCCCUUCCCCACCCCCCCACACAUCGUCGCACACAUAUGGACAUACACACAAUAUACACACGCUCAACCCCUUUCCUCACCCCUGUACCCUCCCUCCCUCCCUCUAUGUGUGUCCCCAUCCCUCCCUCCCUCCCUCCAUCCCCCUGUCUGUCUAUAUGCCGAAAAGCAUGGCGACGGAGAUGCGGAUGAGCUCCCAGAUGGUGCCCACGACGCUCGUGUUGUUCCUGCGGGCCAUGGCGUACGAGAUGCGCCGGUACGUCUUGAGGUGAGACGUGCUCGUGAAGGGCAACAUCUCGGCCUAUCACACACACACAUCACAUUCACAGACACACAGUGAGGGGGGGAGAUGGAUGGAUGGAUGGAUGCCGUUGGUGCGGUUUGUGCGUCUGGGUGGGGUGGGGUGGGGUGGCAUUGCGUGCGUGCGUACGAGGCAGAGUAGGUUGAGGAAGGGCGACUUGAUGACGGACUUCUCGACGUCGUCGUACAGGUAGAGAUUGCCAAACUGCAACAUACAUACCAACACACACACACACACACACCAUGCCGCUCUGCGUCCCUCCCUCCCGCGUGGCGUGUGUUGUGUGUGUGGUGUUGUGUGUUGUGUGCUUACGCUUCCGCAUCCCGACUGAAUGUUGAAGGGCGUGCCGCCCUUGCCGGAGCCCCAGCGCGACUGCGGGAAGAGGAUGGUGUUGAGCGAGUAGGAGUUCAGACCGAUGACGCCGUAGUUGAGAUCGUCGAUCGACUCGUCUAUCACCUGACACACCACACAUGGCAUCACGUCACAUCACAUCACAUCACAUCAUGCACAUGACGUGACAGACAGACAGACAGACGGUGUCUCAUUGACUUGACGACGUGUGUGGGCCGUGUGUGGUGUGGUGUGGUGUUGUGUGGUGUGGCGGGGCCUACGCGCGUGUCUUCUGGGGUCCUUGCCUUGGCGAUCACCGUACACGACAGGUUCCCUACAGAAAGAAAGGACACACACACGGACAGACAGACGUGCAGACCGGCUCGUCAGGCAGGAUGGUAUCUCGCUCCCGCGCUCGCUCACCCAUGAGUUUCUCGUUGGCAAAUUUGGUGGCCUCCGGCAGGAAGGCCUGCAGGUCGUCUGGGGUGUCAAGCGCCACCUCUGCCGAAAUGUUGAAGAACGCCUCCUGACCCCCCCACACACACAACACAUACACACAUUUAUAUAAAUGUGCGUGUGUCUUGUCUGCCACGUGUUUGUUUGUUGAUUUGUGUGUGUGCUGACUGACCUCUUGCAUCAUGAAAGAGGUCGGCGAGAUGUCGACGGCCAGCAGGUGUGGGGGCCGGCCGCUGUCCUUCUUGGUCAGCCUGCUCUUGCUGCUUAUCGUGAACUCAUCCGCAGACUGAUCGACGAGCAACGACAGCACCAACACGACAUGAGAUGGGUACAUGGGUGCAUGGGCAUGAGCAUGUGGAUGCAUCGCCUCAGCUCAGCUCACCUUGCCCUCUCUCUCCAGCUGCUGGACGAACCGCCUGCGCCACACACACAUACACACGGGGGGCAGCAACACAUACACAUGGCCGCCUGUGUGUGUGUGUGUGUGUGUGCUUACUGCAGCUUCUGUUGGUAGUUGGGGUACCAGCUGGGCGCCAGUGGCGUGCUCUCCAGCACCUCCCGCAGCAAUCGCAGAAACUGGGCCCUAAACACACACACACACACACACACAAACACACAAACCCAUCCCAUCAAGGCAGACGAUGACUGACUGCAUCGGUCGGUCGUUUGGGCGCGGUGCGGUGUGUAUGUUGAACGCACCUCUGCGGCCAAUUCCGGCAUGUGAUGAUGACCUGCGGCCUCGCGCAUAUGUGCCCGCCAUUGAACAGCAUCACAUACCCCAAGUGCUGCACAAGUAAGUGAGUGACACACACACGAAACACAACACGCCCACACACACCAAAUCAAGCUAUGAAUGAAUGAAUGAAUCAGGCAACCAUCUCUCUCUCUCUCUCUCUGUGUGUGUGUGUCCAUCCAUCCAUCCAUCCAUCCAUGUGUUCCUUACACUGGCGUGCAGCUUGAGGUCGACCCAGGACCACUUGCCGGGCGCGACAAUCCAUGGGUUGACGCCACCCAGCUCCGCCACAAACUGCUUCCUAAAGGGCGGCACCGGCGCCCUAGCCGGAUCCUUGGGCAGCAGCGGCGGGGCGGGCGAGCCCCACAUGAUGCGGUAGUACGUCGCAGCACCGCCUAACACACACACACACACACGCACACACGCACACACACAAAUGGAUGGAUGGAUGAAUGGAUGCCAUGGCGGCACCACAAAUAAGUGUGUGUGCAGGUGGUUGGGCGGGCGCAUGCAUACCGGUCAUGAAGACCUCGUCGACCAUUGGGUGAUCGACGAGCUGCUUGCCCUCGUCUGCCCCGCCCGUGACGAUGGAGACGAAGCCCCUGUCGAUGAAGGGGCGGAGGGUGUCCUCGAACACCGCCAGGGAGGGGUCGAAGGUGGGGUUUGGCUUGUACACGACCACCUUGUUGCGCAUGUACAGGGCAGUCAUGAUGUCACUCGCAUACUCCACUGAUUGAUUGACCACACAGACAGAGAGGACAACAGAGAGUAAGGGGACAUGCUGGUGUGUGUCGGUGUCGGUGUCGGUGUCUGUGUCUGUGUCGUAGCGCAUUUACCCCUCUCUCUCUCUCUCUCUGUCCUCUGUGUGUGUGUGUGUGUGUGUGUGUGUUGUUACUGUUGCCAGUGCCGAGGACGGCCACCACUCCUGACGGCGGGGUCUCUCCCGACUUGCUGAGGCCGUACGGCUCGUGCUGCCUCACCUUCUUGCCGGGCGAGAUGUAGUUCUCUAUCGACGAGAAUCCGAACAAGACCGUGCUCAACAGAUCGUUGGGCGCGACCUGAGCUCACACACACACACACACAGAGAGAGAGAGAGAGAGAAGUGGUUGCUGUUGUGUUGGUCGUGUUGGACAUAAGCCUCCCCAGAGUCCCCACCUGGAUGGACGUGAAUCCCCUGGGUGUGGACUUGGUACUGAUGGGGUCGGGGUGGUGCCUCUCUUUGCUCGUCCUGCGCAGCGCACGCAGCAUGUCCGAGAAGAAACUCGCAAAGUUCUGCACACACGCACACAAAGCAAGCAAGACAGCAACAACAUGGCAACACCAUACCAACACAAACAACGCAGAUGUCGCCAGCGUCUCUCUCUGUCGCUCGUGGCCAGCAGUGUCGGCCCGCACACACGUACCAUGGCUCCCACCCACGUCAUGCCGACGUAGUUUGCGUCGGCCGGGUCUUUCAUGUCGACGCCCCUGAUGGCGCAGCCGAUCUCCGUCAUGGUGUCGAAGGCCUUGACGAGACACGCCAGGGACUCCUCCAGCAGCCUGGUCCGCUCCUCGAUAGACAAACUGGCCCAUUCCUCCUUGUGCUGGGCCACGCGCUGCACGGCGUCGUCCACAGCAGAGGCCGCCAUGUUCACAGCGCACUGCUCGUCCUCUCCCUCUUCGCCCACGACGCUCUCAAAGCCUCCCAGCGAGGAACUUCGCAAACUGCCAUAGCUCGCAGUGGAAGCCUCGAGAUCUUCUGGCAAAGAUGCCGAGGCGGAGAUCUCUGCCACGUCUAUCUUGACGCAGUCGCACAUGAGGGCACUACCCAAUGCCUGCUUGGCGAGUAAGAAAUAUCUGAUGUUGUCGCGAGACGA